GCUUCCCCCUGCCCGCCCAACCGGUUCCGGCCCGGUUCGGCCCGGUUCGGCCCGCGGAACCGUCCGUCUCGCGCAUGCGCGCGCUCAGUCUGAAAACUGCCAACGUCUAUAGCAAGAGGACCCUUUUCCCCCUCGGAAUUGCUCAAUGCUGAAACCUUUCAAAGGGAUAUUAAAGUCAUUGGAAGCACAAUGGAUGGUUUUUAUGACCAACAAGUCCCUUUUAUGGUCCCAGGGAAAUCUCGUUCAGAGGAAUGUCGAGGGCGGCCUGUGAUUGACAGAAAGAGGAAGUUCUUAGACACAGAUCUGGCUCAUGAUUCAGAAGAGUUGUUCCAGGAUCUCAGCCAGCUCCAAGAGGCUUGGUUAGCUGAAGCACAAGUUCCUGAUGAUGAACAGUUUGUUCCAGAUUUUCAGUCCGAUAACCUAGUGCUUCACGCUCCACCUCCAACCAAGAUUAAGCGAGAACUGCAUAGCCCGUCUUCGGAAUUGUCAUCCUGUAGUCACGAGCAGGCCCUUGGUGCUAACUAUGGAGAAAAGUGCCUCUACAACUAUUGUGCCUAUGAUAGGAAGCCCCCCUCUGGGUUCAAGCCAUUAACACCUCCCUCCACUCCCGUGUCACCACCGGCUCAUCAGAAUUCCCUGAUUUCCCCACCGGCCACGUCUUUGCCCCCUUCGGCCCAUGUCCCCACCCCAGGGCCGGUGUCUGGGGUACCCCAGGCCCCUACCCCUCACCCCCUUCACGAACCUCGACAGCAGCAGCAAGCGUUCGCUGUACCCAGGCCUCCUCAUCAACCCAUGCCGAUGCCAAAGAUGGUGCCCGAAAACCAGUACCCACCCGAACACAGGUUUCAGAGACAGAUGUCCGAACCCUGCCACCCCUUCCCUCCGCAGUCAGGGAUUCCCGGAGACGGACGUCCAGGGUACCACCGGCAGAUGUCAGAGCCUGGAGUCCCUGUGGCUCCCCCUCCACCUCAGGGAUUCAAACAGGAAUAUCAUGAUCCUCUCUACGAGCAUGGCGUUCCGGGCAUUUCAGGGCCUCCCAGACAUGGUUACCAAUCUCCAAUGGGAAUUAAGCAAGAGCCCAGGGAUUACUGCAUCGAUUCAGAAGUGCCUAACUGUCGGUCAACCUUCAUGAGAGGAGGGGGCUAUUUCUCAAGCAACCACGAUGGCUUUUCAUAUGAGAAAGAUCCCCGACUUUACUUCGAUGACACUUGCGUCGUGCCUGAGAGGCUGGAGGGCAAAGUGAAACAGGAAGCCACCAUGUACCGGGAAGGGCCCCCUUACCAGAGAAGAGGCUCUCUGCAGCUCUGGCAGUUCCUGGUCACUCUUCUCGACGACCCGGCCAACGCGCACUUCAUCGCCUGGACGGGCAGAGGCAUGGAGUUCAAGCUGAUAGAGCCGGAGGAGGUAGCUCGCCGCUGGGGCAUCCAGAAGAACCGACCAGCCAUGAACUAUGACAAGCUCAGUCGUUCUCUGCGCUACUAUUACGAAAAGGGCAUCAUGCAGAAGGUGGCCGGCGAGCGGUACGUCUACAAGUUUGUCUGUGACCCAGACGCCCUGUUCUCCAUGGCCUUCCCCGACCAUCAGCGCCCGUUCCUGAAAGCGGAGUCGGACUGCCACCUGACCGAAGACGACACCUUACCGCUGACCCACUUUGAAGACAGCCCGGCUUACCUCCUGGAAGUGGAUCGUUGCGGCAGCCUCCCUUACGGAGAGAGCUUUGCCUACUGACAGGACCCAACGGCCGGACCCUAGAGCUGGCGGUUCCCGUGCGGGCGGGCCCUUUUGCUUGGGUUUUUGCCCGCUCCUAAAGCUUGCCCUCCGAGCGCUCUCCGGAGAGGCCCAGCGUACUGUGGAUCGUCACCGCGGAGGCGUCUGGGAGGGGAUUCGUAAUGGAGCCGCGGCCCAUCUUGUCCAUGGGCAGACGCCACCAACCAAGCCAGGGCCCUCCUAUCCGGGGUGGGUCGUGCGAGGGGCGAGUCUCCGCGACCAUCCGCUCUGCGUGGAUCGCGGACUCGCGGCCGUCUUGACACCCAAAGGGCUUUGAAUCGCGCAGACGGUGGUUGGAGAGACGUCCUACCCCCCCAGAAAACGAGUUGGGCCCACCUGGGGAGAGCCCAGUCUAGUUGUGGGCCUGGGUGGGGUGUUAAGAUGGUACCCUGAAUCCAGAGGAGACCCUGCCUGUGUCUCAAGAAGAAAUCAAAAUCAGGUCAACAGUCGUACCCCACUUCCCGCUUCCCAGAUGACAGACCGUCCUGUCUCCCAGCGCCCUUCAGCUAUCCUGUCACCUACAGUCACCUCUUUCUCUUCCCAGUCCCCAGGGUGUGUGGAAGAUGGCUUUGAUUUUACAAGGAUGAUUUCAUUAGACGGUUUUUCUUUUUUUGGUGGGUGGGAGGGGUCGGAGAGGAGUCCGGUUUGGAUUUGGGGGGUUUUGGUUGUUGUUUUGGGAAAAAAAAAAAGAGUUUAUAAACUGAUUUUUGUAGUUUUGGUAUUUAAAGCGAAAAAAAUCCCCAAAAAACCAAACAGCAACAAAAAGACCCCUGUCUUUCAGAAGCAGCAAAGGGCUCAUGCCAACCCAGCGGAGAGGCUGCAGCCGGAAAGGGAGUUUUGCUGGGGACCGCCUCCUCCUUUUUGCCAUGUUCAAAGCCCUCUUUGAGCUUUCUUUACCCGAGUAACCUGAGAGAACAUUGGCACCUGGGUUGGACAUUUUAAAGCACGCAGGGCAGCUCUGAAACACUGCCUAGAUUUUUACGUGUAUAGUCCCCCUUAUUCACCGACGUGCUGUCUCUGGGAAGUGUAUGUACAUAACACAUAGCGCAUCUAUUUCCCGCCGGUCACGAGAGGAACCUCAGGGGCGUCUUUGCCCGACUUUGCUGGUGACCGCGGUUCAUUACAACGGUUCCUUUCUGUUCUUCCUCCGCCUCGGUCAACCCUGCGUAUCUCAGAGGGUUGGAGGCUUGCGUGUGAAGCCUGCAGGUUAAUAAACAAAAACAAACAAAAAAAAAACAAUGCUAGCUUUUUAGUUUCCUGCCAUAUUUCCCUUUUAAAUCGUUGACGCCAGUCCACGUAUACGGUUUAAAAGCAACCGAGCCAGGCUAUAAAAAGGUGGCUGGGGCGAUUGAGGUGGAGGACCGUGACUAGAACAUGUCUCCCUCCGCGCUGGUAGUUGAAAACUGGGGUUUCCCAAGCUCCUUGGUGUAAUUAUAGCUUUCUAACUUACACUUUAUUACAUAUUCUAUACAUAUAUUGCGUAUUUUACCCUCAGCUGGCUCAAGGUUUGUUUGUUGUAAAUGCUGUAUAGGAAUUUCUGCCCUUCCCUCCUUCCAUCGCCCUUCUUCCCUGUUUUUUUUUUUUUUUUGGUUUUGUUUUUGUUUUUUUUCCCUAUUCUGGUGUGGGCCUUUUCUGGCUGGAUCGGUUCUGUUUUAGCAAGGUGAGAGAAAGUUCUCCGUCGACUUGAACCAUCCUCCCCGCGAAGCAUAAAACAUGGCCUGCAUUGUCCCAAGGCCCAGGAGGGCCACAGCAUCCCCACCAGAUCCAUGCACCUCCCAAGUGGCUUGAACCCCUCCCUUCCAGAUCGCGGGAGGAAUCUCCAGUGCAGAAAGGGUUCAUCUGUAAAUUGAUUUUUUUUUUUUCCUCCCCCCGAGCAGGGCUCUGCAUCACCUGCCAAGCUGCGUUACAUUCUGUACUGUGUACAAUAAAAAAGUUUGCUUUCAGUUCA